AGGACCAUAUGAGAAGGGGGGUGAGUUCUCUUCAUCUCGAAGCUCAAGGCCACUCAGGAUGAUCUGACUGAGAUGACCAUCAAGUACCAUGAACUGCAGAAGGAGGUGGCGGAUCUGCGACAAGCCCAAGUGGCCAACCCUCUUCCUCUACCUCCUGGAACUGAAGCUGCAAUCGAAACUACCUCUGCCCCUCUUACCGUGUCUUCUUCUACCUCAUCUUCGAGUGUGAUGGCAACUCCUUCAGGACCUGCAGCAGGUGCACAUUCCACUGUUGCUGUAACAAGCAAUGAGGCUGGAACUUCUGCAAUUGCUGCAACCCCAAGACCGGAACCAGCUGCUGCUGGACCCAGCCACGCCAGUCCCUAUGUGGACCGGAAGGCGGUUCAAAUAUUGUCCAAAUACGACGGCAAGGAAGACAUCGAGUCCUGGAUCGGCUCCAUGAGGGCCUACUUUGAGAUCCUGGGGACUCAAGCUGAGACCCAAGCAGUUAUCAUGGGCGGGUGCAAGGUCUUCUCCAAGAUCGAUCUCAAGUCUGGCUAUCACCAGAUUGAAGUCGAUCCUGCGGACCAGCACAAGACUGCGUUCAAGAUGCGCGAUGGGCUUUAUAAGUUUACCGUAAUGCCCUUCGGUCUUACGAACGCACCAGCCACGUUCCAAAGCCUCAUGGACAAGGUCCUCCGCGAACAGAUUGGCCGGUUCGUGGUAGUGUACCUGGACGAUAUCCUGAUUUUCAACAAGUCCAUGGAGGAACACCUCAAGCAUCUUGAGGAGGUGCUUGCUAUCCUCAAGAAGACGCAGCUCCAUCUCAACUUGGAGAAAUCCGAGUUUGGGAGGGAUAGCGUCAUCUAUUUUGGGCACCGGUUGUCUGCUGCAGGCCUAGAGCCUGAGGCAACCAAGAUUGAGGUCAUACGCGAUUGGCCUCAACCUGUGAACAUUCGUGAAUUGCGUUCUUUUCUUGGUCUCGCGUCGUACUAUCGGAAGUUUGUACCCCGUGUUUCUAUCAUUGCUCAUCCAUUGUCGCGACUAACCAGCAAGAAUGUGUCUUAUUCCUGGGAUGCCGCGUGUACGGAAGCGUUUCGAACUCUCAAGGAAGCCUUGGUAAGUUAUCUGGUACUCCGCGUUGCAGACCCCAAAAUGACCUUCGUAGUUACUACGGAUGCAAGUCGGUAUGGGAUCAGUGCGGUGCUGCAACAAGAUGACGGCGAUGGCCUGCGACCACUCGAGUACUACAGCAAACGCAUGCCCAAUGUAAAGGUAGCCACUUCCACCUACAUGCGCGAGCUUUACGCUUUGCACAUGGCGUUGGAUCACUGGAAACAUUACCUGUUGGGAUGCCACUUCAAAGUGUUCUCAGAUCAUGAGACCUUGAAGUGGAUCAAAAUGCAGACUACUCUGUCCCCUACCUUGCUUCGCUGGUUUCAUGAGAUUGACAUCUUUGAUUUUGAAUUGAGGCAUAAAAAGGGUUGUUACAAUCGAGUCGCUGACGCUUUGUCUCGCCACCCUGAGUACAUGACUUGCCUUGUGAAAUCCUACGACCUCCGGAAGAAAUUGAGGGAGGAACGCGUAGAGCAGACAGCCAAGGAUCCGGAACUUAGUUCCAUCCUUGAGCAGCUGCAGGCUGAUCCUAGUAGUCAGCCUAAUUUCCACGAGUAUGGAGGACUGAUUUUUCGCCGAUACGGGAACCAUGACCGUUUGUGUGUACCCAACCAUGAGCCUCUCCGCACACACUUCUUGGACUUGGCUCAUGGCCGGAGCGGGCACUUCGGCAUGGCUAACACGUACGCUAAUUUGCUGAGACAGUCUGAUUGGCCCGGUAUGAAAGGGACAGAUGAUAAAUUUAUAGCUGAAUGUCAAGUCUGUCAACGAAUCAAACCAUGCAGACAAAAGCCCAUGGGGCUACUCACACCCCUACCCAUUUCUGAUGGUCCCCGGGAGUCCAUCUCCAUCGAUUUCACUGACAUGGGUAAGGUAAGCAAGAACGGGUUUUCACAAGUCAUGGUGAUUGUUGAUCGGUUUUCAAAGUUUCUCAAUCUAAUUCCUUUACCGCCUCACGCCCCAACAGAUCUAGUGAUUCGCGAAUUCCAGCAGAAAUACCUGUUGCAGUUCAAAACCCCGAAGACUCUUGUGAGCGAUCGGGACCCGCGUUUCAUUAGCACUGAAUGGAACGAGUUCACGUCCCACCUUGGAAUCAAACUGUGCAUGACAUCUGGCCGACACCCCGAAGCCAAUGGUUUGGCUGAGGGGAUCAACCAGACUGUAUUCCAACUACUCUGUGCGUUGAUCAUUCGUGAUCAGGAAACAUGGGAUGAGCUGUAUUCUGUCAAGGGGUUGUACAACAACUCCGUCCAUUCUGCCACCGCAACGACACCUAACAGGCUGCAUUACGGGUGGCAGAUCCGUAAUCUGCUCUCCUACUUAUUCCCUGAACAGCCAGCUGGUUUAGCACCCGGCAGGCCCGGCUUCAGGGCUAAGUAUGAUCGCUUGCUCAAAGUUGUUGCAGCCAUGACCAAGCGACAGCAUGCCAUGAUUCACCAUGCGAACAAGAAGCGCAAACCAUCGGAGAUUCAGGUAGGAAGUUAUGUCUGGGUAAAGAUGUCUGAAUUCUCAGAGGAGGAGGGAGUCUCACGCAAACUCCUCCCACUCUACUAUGGGCCUUGGGAAGUUUUGGAUGUAAUUGGAGAAGAUCACUUUGGCCCUUCGUAUGUUGUCGACGUGCCAGCUCACCUGUGCACGUAUCCCGUGUUUCAUGCAUCUAAACUAAAUCUCCAUCGUGACGCCAAGACAUUCGAUUACCGCGAAGAUAUGAUCCCUCGUGCAAUCAAGGGCGGGCAUGAGAUAGAUAGAAUCGAACAGCAUGUAGGUAAAGGGAGAAAUAGACAGUACCAGGUUCAUUUCAUGUAUCACCCGUUAGAUGAUCUUUACUGGAUCUCCAAACAGGAACUGCUACGCAGCGCACCGCGCGUUGUUAAAGCUUACGAGCGACAGAUCGCCGCUAAUGCCACACCAAAGAUCUCAGCAAGGCUCUCAGCAACAGAGUAUUCCAGGAAUCUCUUUGCCUUGCUCGCCUAUGAUGCGUUUACCGAGGACUCAGAAUGAGUUACUCGCUCGAAGGGACCUCGCUCUUGAGGGGGGGGGGAGUGUGAUAACCCGUCCGAACACGG